AUGCCCCCCCACACCCACCCCCCUGGCGGGGGCACUGGCCUGCCCCCGUCCAGUGAUGCCUUCCACUUGGCCAGACCUGUCUUCCUCUCUGUCCUCAGCCUUCUGGCAGUACUGCUGCCAGCGGCCUCCUCCUGCCCUCCUCCCUGUCUCUGCUCCUCAGAUGGUUUGGUGGUGGACUGCGGGGGCCGGGGACUCUCCUCCCUGCCUCCCCUGCACCUCUUGCCACCCGGGAGCCGCUCCUUCCUGCUAGCCAACAACAAGCUCGCCUCGCUGGGAGCCUCUGCCUUCGCUAACCUCUCCUCACUGGAGGAGCUAGACCUUUCUAAUAACUAUCUAGAUAAUUUACCAGCUGGAUUAUUCAGAGACAUGUCCAACCUGACGAGACUGACUCUGCACAACAACUCAUUAACAGGGAUGGAGAAGGACCUCUUCCAGGGUUUGGGGGGCCUUCAAAGACUGGAUCUGUCCCUGAACGGACUGUCCUCUGUUCCUCUGGGGCUACUGGAUGAGCUGCAGAGCCUCAGGUGGCUGUCUCUGUCGGGCAACCGGCUCCAUGGUUUAGAGAGGGCAGCGUUUGAGCCCCUCGCCAACCUGCAACAUCUGGAAUUGGGAAACAACCCGUGGGAAUGUGACUGCAACCUCCGUGAAUUCAAACACUGGAUGGAGUGGCUGCUGUACAGAGGGGGGAAGGUGGACGCGGUGGAGUGCACGCUACCGAAGGAUCUGCGUGGGCGAGACAUCCGCGGUGUUCCAGUGGAAAUGUUCAACUACUGCCUCCAACUUGAGGACGAGAACGGAGGAGGUGAGAGUUCUCGUUCUGGACAGAAAGGAGGUCCACCCUGCAGCAGGAACGCUCUUAACCCCAGUGGAGCGACGCCAAUUACUGACAACAGCGUCAACACUGGUGAAGACUCCUCUUCGAGCAGAGGAGGUGGAGGCGCAGCUGGGGAGGCCCCAUCGGAUUGUGUCCGUUCUCGUUACAAGCCUGUGAGCGUGCGCCGCGCCAUAGGCACAGUGGUGAUUGCCGGCGUGGUUUGCGGCAUCGUUUGCAUCAUGAUGGUUGCAGCUGCGGCCUACGGCUGCAUCUACGCCUCCCUGAUGGCCAAAUACCAGAGAGAGCUGAAGAAAAGGCAGCCGCUGAUGGGAGACGGUGAGACAGACGGGGAGGACAGGGAGGAUAAACAGAUCUCCUCUGUGGCCUAG